GCUUUCCCAGCGCACAAAAGUCAGAUCAGAAACCAGUCAGAUUUCCAGUGACGAUCUCCAUACAGCUUGAGUGUAUAUAGCAGCUUCGUUCUCGAUACCCGUCCCUCCCAGCGCGUGAGAAUGGCCAGAGCCGCGCUUCUCGCGCUCUCCCUGGCGCUGCUCGUCGCCGUCGCGCGCGCCGGCAGCCCCAUCACGAGCUCGUCCGCCAACGAGAAGCCCGACCUGAGCAGCCAAGAAGGACGACGGGCUCAUGACCGAAAUCCCCGCCGCGAUCGCGAAGGCUGCUGCGUCAGGCGACGCGGCCGGUGUUACCUACGUCGAUACCGCUCAGGAUACGUUUUUCAUGGCUGACGUGAAGAAAGCGGGGUGGAACGCGCAAAAGUGCCCGCCCGGUUUGAACAAGGAGCUGGCGGGAGCGUGCACGCCCAAGAACUGCUCCAAGGGCGGAAUCGCCGCCAAGUGGAAGACCGCCUACCUGCAGAAGAACAAGCUCGGUUACGAGCUGUACGUGCCGGGUAACCCGCUGACGCUGCUCAAGGCGAACCCCGCGUCGUGCUGCAACACGUGCGCCUCGACGCCCCUGUGCACGUACUGGCAGUACAUCCCGAUAUCACGAUUGACGGAAAGAAGGGCAAGGGCGCGUGCUACCUGAUUCACGACCAGAUUGACUUCACG